AUGAAUUAUAAAUAUUACUUUCUACUGAUUAUUGUCAUUGAAAUUGGCGAAGCAAUCAAAUUGGAACUGUCAACAGAUAUACCUAUAAUCGAUAUUCAAUACAAUAUAUCAUUAUCUGAUAGCUAUCAACAAAAUACAAGUGUCGGAAUUCCAGUUCUGCUUAAUACUGAAUCAAAGAAUCUACAAUUACAGGAAACUAUUUUUACAGGCAUCCCAGCUGGAAUAUAUUUUAGAAUUAGUCAAAAGGGUGUGGAUUAUAUCACAAGUUUAACUGCUGAAGCUUUACCACAAUUGCUUGAAAAAUCCGAAAUGCCAACUAUUGAAAAUCCACAAAUUAAAAUUUCACAUUUAACUAUCGAUAAAUUUAGUAAUCCAACAAUAAAAGCUAAAUUUGUUGCAAAUAUUGGUAUUGAAGCGUAUGUAUUCUUACCUCACGUGAUGCUUAACGCAUUUUACGACGCUUCCACGUUUUUUAGCACAUACAAAGGAAAAUUAAAAGCUGAUGUGCAAAAUUUAAGUGUCACAAUAGAAGUACAUAUUAGCCGAAAUGAAAGCGAAAAAUUGAAUAUUAUUGAGACUCCAGUAUGCAAUGUCACAUCUGAUCUUGUAAGAAUCGUUUUUGCAGGUGACAUGUCAACCUAUUUAAACUUAUUGAGGUCAGUAAUUGAGCAAGCAGUCACUGAUGUUCUCGGGAAUGAACUUUGUCAACUUGCCAUCAAAAUAGGACAAUUCUUCGAGCAACAAAAGCAACAGAUACUGAUGACUACGCCAAUCCCACAGUCAACGUCACCUACGCCAACGCCCACACACUUAUUAUACUUCGGUGAAUCACGUCAACUAAUGGAUAUGAAAUCAAUACAAAGUGCUGAAAAUGAAAAUGCCUUUUAUGAAACGUCUAAUGAAAAGAUGGAAAAUGACGAAGAUUUGGCAGCAAAAUUUGCAGUUGAUUUAUGUGCUGAUGAUCGAUUAGAUGAUAUGAAUGUAUUGAAAUAUUCCGGUGAUAUGAUUUACUUACGGAAUAAACGUAACCUGUAUUUUGGAACAACACCUGAAAGUGAACGUUUUAAUCCAUUAUUGAAAGAUGGUCUUUGGGCACCUGAUUUGACAUUGAUGUAUUCACCAAAGUUCUCAAAUGAGGAUGUAAUAUUUGGGCUCGAUGCAGGUAUCAUAUUUUUUGGCCAAAGGGCAAAGAAUGUUGCUCGGCCAAAUAUGCUCAAUAUAUCAGCUUUUGGUGAUAAGAUGUUUGGUGUGAUUAUCAGUGAAUACGUACCAAACACGUUUUUUGCACAUAUUUACGACAAAGAUAUGGGAGUGUUACGUGAAAAAUUUCGUACUCAUAACUUACCAAAAUUCAUAAAACCAAUAGCUAAGUUAUUGUGUGCUCGUUGUGAACUUCAAUUUAUUGCUAAUCAAACGAGACGACCACAUCUUGUUAUCAGUGAACAAGGUGUUAAAAUUGAUAUUCAAAUUGAUUUGUUAAUUUUAUUUGUUGGCAAAUCACGAAGACAUAAUAUUGUUGAUGCAAAUGCAGAACUUGAUGUGACAGUUCGCCCAUAUCUUAGACAUAGUCGCUUAUAUGGUGAUGUCGCAUUAACUGGAGUGGACAUUAAGAUAAAAGGGGUAUGCUCUUUUCUUUUCUUUUUUUCACAGAAAAAUUAA